CCGACGCGGCAGUCUCAGCUCUCCACCCCACCCCCCUUUUCUUCAGUUCGCCACCACAUCCUUUCGUUAAUCUCCGUGUAGAUGUCUGAAGAUCUGCGGGGGUAUUCGUGGACAGAAGUUCCAUGUGUAAGUCGGUGGAAACGAGUCAUAAGUUUGUUAACAUAUUAUUAAUAUCCUCGCUUCUCAAUAGUUCAUGUUUUUAUUUCUGGUCUUUCCUCCGUUCCACACCGGAACGAAAACAGAGUCUAGUUGAUCUUGUGUGUCUGGAUUCCGUUUUUCAUCAGUGCUGGGACUGACGGAGCAAUUGUGUGUGUGUGUGUGGAAAUGAUUUCAUUGUGAGCUUUUAAAAGUGUUUGUGUCUGUGCUCACACGCGUGUGUGUGUGCGUGAUUUCUUUUUAUCUUUCAUUCUACUUAUGAAUGCAAAGCGUGAGGUGACUGGAAUAAUUGAUUGGAUUUGAACGUCUGGCUAGCAGAGAGGAUAGGCUGCUUAACACCUGUGUCAGACCAGAUACAGCAUCAUUCCUUGAAUGUGAGACUUGCAGGAGACUUUUUCCAGUGGUGAUGAGAUAAAAACCAACAUGGCAGCCGUCGUGACGACAUAGAACUGACAUUUUGACGUGACGACGACCAUUUUUUAUUUACGCUUUUGCUGACGGUGUCAGGGAAAAUUGAAAAGAUCACUGAAAACAUCAUCCGGAAGAAACAUCAUCCGGAAAAACAUCAUUAGAUAACCACUACAAAAAUUUUAGAACCAGAAGCAUCAAUUUUUAAAAAUCAGAAAGCAUCAUGAAACAUCAGUAACAUCAUUAGCAACAUCAGUAACAUCACCAGCAACAUCGCCAGCAUUCUUCUACAUGCGGAAAAUAAUGUUUGAAAACUAAAUGUUGUGUCCAGGAAUGCGCCUCUACUGAAUUGAUACUUGUUUAGUUCCUGCUGACGUCUGUCAAGUACCUGACGACAUCGUUCUUUCUCUGAAACAAAACAUUCCAUUCCAAAAGUCCAAGCAUCGAAAAGAACAAAAUGUCUUGGGCACAGAGCAUCCUCUUUGUACUAGUCUUGGGCUGCGAGGCAGCGGUCAGGGCCAGCAAGAUGAAGUACCAUGACCAAUACGUUGGGAAGGGGGUAGGCCCCGACCCUUGCUACAAUGAGAACGGGACACCCAAGAGGUGUGUGCCGGACUUUGUGAACGCGGCCUUCGGAAAACGGGUGGAGGCGUCAAGCACGUGCGGCGCGGAACCAGAACAUUACUGUAAAUCAUCUAAAGAUAAAACUGGAGAAAUUACCAGACAUUGUUUCGUCUGUGAUGCCAGCAACCCAAAGUACAGCUUCCCCCCUGAGUUUCUGACCGAUCUGAACAAUCCCAGCAAUGUCACCUGCUGGAUGUCCAAGACAUACAGCGCUGUCCAGUAUCCUGCCAAUGUCACGCUAACCCUCAGCCUGGACAAAAAGUUUGAAUUGACCUAUAUCAGUUUGCAGUUUUGUUCCGCUCGCCCCCACUCCAUGGCUAUAUUGAAAAGUGUGGACUACGGGAAGACAUGGACACCAUUUCAGUACUACUCUAACGACUGUAAGAAAAUGUACAACAAGCCGGCCAGGUCGCAGGCGACUAAAGCGAACGAGCAGGAAGCUCUGUGCUCCGAGGCCUACAGCAACAUCGACCCCUUUACAGGAGCCCGUGUGGCCUACUCCACCCUGGAAGGCCGACCCUCCGGCCAGGAUUUCGAGAACAGUCCGGUGCUCCAGGACUGGGUAACGGCCACGGACAUCAAGGUGGAGUUCCACAAGCUGAACACCCUCGGGGAUGAGGUCAAGGAUGAUGACGGGGCUAAGAAGAGCUACUACUACUCCCUGUCCGACUUCGCCGUGGGCGGAAGGUGCAAAUGCAACGGUCACGCCUCCAGCUGCAUCAUGGGGAAAGACGGGCGCCUGACCUGCGACUGCAAGCACAACACCGCUGGAUAUGAUUGUGAGAAGUGUCAGGUGUUCCACUACGACAGGCCGUGGCAGAGAGCGUCUGGAAGAGAGGCUAACGAAUGUGUAGCGUGCAAUUGUAACCUGCACGCCAGAAGGUGUCGCUUCAACAUGGAGUUGUAUCAGCUGUCCGGGUAUAAAAGCGGUGGUGUUUGCCUCAUGUGCAAGCACAACACGGCCGGCAGGAACUGCAACUACUGCAAAGAAGGCUACUACAGAGAUAAGAGUAAAGCCAUCACACACAGAAUGGCCUGCAAAGCGUGCAGUUGUCAUCCUGUCGGUGCCUUGGGUAAAUUCUGCAACCAGACCACUGGCCAGUGUCCUUGCAAGGACGGGGUGACCGGCUUGACCUGUAACAGAUGUGCCAAAGGCUACCAGCAGAGCACGUCAACAAUAGCUCCGUGCAUUAAGAAACACGAUAGCCCACAGGUCAAACCCUGGAUGAAGGUGACCGAUUCCAGCAACAGAGGCGUAGACAAAUCGGAGGAAUUUAAACAAACUGGUCACCAUGACAACAACGUGGAUACGAGACACGCAGGGGUUCCCAAACCUGUGUCCAAUGAAAGUCGUCGACCCGUGAGCAGGCCGGAAGAAGUUGAUAAAGCCCCAGUGGAUUGUGGGAAAUGUCAAAAGAGAGUAAGAAAACUGACUUUACGAAAAUUCUGCAGACGAGAUUUCGCUUUUCUGGCUCAAAUCUUGUCACGUGACUUUGACGACACUUGGGUCAAGUUCACCGUCUCCAUUGAGGUGACCUACCGCAAAGGCGCCCCGGAGAGAAGUGCGAGAAAAGCCGAGGCUCUCCUCUGGCUCCCCAAAGCCGACUUGGCCUGCAAGUGCCCUAAAGUCAGAGUUGGGCGGAAGUACCUGUUUGUGGGCAAGAGCCGCCCAGAGGACAAGAUCCGUCCUGGCUACGUAGUGGACCGCUCCACCACAGUCUUGCGCUCCAGAGACAAGUGGCAGAGGCGUCUACGGCAGUUCGUGGAGAGGGAGAUGAACGGGGAGUGCUAGUCCCCCAACCUUGUCAAUCAUGAGAAUUGUCGGCGCCACAGUUGAUCGCCACACAACCUGUUAACACCACGAAAAAAAAAAAAAAAUCUGCUUCACGUUGGAAGUUACAAGAGAAACCGGAACUACUUUGUUUACUAUUUAUGUAUACAAGCGCUCGAUUUUUUAAAUUUAACAUAUCAUUAGUGUGGCGCAUACAUUAAAGAUAAUAGAAUACAAUUUAAAAAAAAAACAACAACACACACACGAAUAUUUAUUUAGCAGACGACAAUCUUCAGACACGUGACCUGAAAAUGUUUAACCUAGAUGUUUAGUUGUAGACCAGUUUCUGUGACUACACUGCCAGGACAGUGGGCAGAAGUGGACACGGACUUUGUUGUAUUCACGAGCUGACAUUCUACCUCUUCUUGUGUGUAUGUGUUGUCAUUCAUCAUGGAUCUGGACACUGGUCACCUGUAUCGCACAGGCGAAGAUUGAUCCUGACAUACUCUGGAAUUUAAAUUUACUGUGAAAUUUAGAGAGCUUUGUUUCAGCUUAAACCGGACACUGAAAUACUAAUAGGACCAGGAUGUCUGUCUUGAUAGGUAGAGAUGAACAUUCACUAUCAUUGUGCCAAAAUUGUCAAUGUCAUCUAUCGGUCUGAUUAUCAAAAGAAAGGAAUAAUAUUGCAUUGUGCUUUGAAGUCUACAUCCUAAAGAGUCAUUUCAAGUUCGGCGACCAGAUCAUUUGAUCUAAAGACGUCUGCUUGGGUUAGUUUAAGAAGGUUGAAUUCAAUUUUUUUUUUACUUUUAUUUUUAAAUGUAAUCUACACACACACACACGCACAUUUGUUUGCCGUUAUGAAGCUUCGUAGAGCCAAGCUUGUUUGAGGUCUUCAGAGCUUCAUAGAGCCAAGCUUGUUUGAGGUCUUCAGAGCUUCAUAGAGCCAAGCUUGUUUGAGGUCAUCAGAGCUUCAUAGAGCCAAGCUUGUUUGAGGUCUUCAGAGCUUCGUAGAGCCAAGCUUGUUUGAGGUCUUCAGAGCUUCAUAGAGCCAAGCUUGUUUGAGGUCUUCAGAGCUUCAUAGAGCCAAGCUUGUUUGAGGUCAUCAGAGCUUCAUAGAGCCAAGCUUGUUUGAGGUCUUCAGAGCUUCGUAGAGCCAAGCUUGUUUGAGGUCUUCAGAGCUUCAUAGAGCCAAGCUUGUUUGAGGUCUUCAGAGCUUCGUAGAGCCAAGCUUGUUUGAGGUCAUUAGAGCUUCAUAGAGCCAAGCUUGUUUGAGGUCUUCAGAGCUUCGUAGAGCCAAGCUUGUUUGAGGUCUUCAGAGCUUCAUAGAGCCAAGCUUGUUUGAGGUCUUCAGAGCUUCAUAGGGCCAAGCUUGUUUAAAGUCAUCAGAGCUUCAUAGGGCCAAGCUUGUUUGAGGUCUUCAGAGCUUCAUAGAGCCAAGCUUGUUUGAGGUCUUCAGAGCUUCGUAGAGCCAAGCUUGUUUGAGGUCUUCAGAGCUUCAUAGGGCCAAGCUUGUUUGAAGUCAUCAGAGCUUCAUAGGGCCAAGCUUGUUUGAGGUCUUCAGAGCUUCAUAGAGCCAAGCUUGUUUGAAGUCUUCAGAGCUAGAUAGAGCCAAGCUUGUUUGAGGUCUUCAGAGUUUUGUAAAACAAAGCUUGUUUAGGGUCAUCAGAAUUUCAUGAAGUCAAGAAUAAUUUGAGGUCUUCUAGUUAAGAGUUACAUGGAGCCAAAAAUGUUUUGUAUUCUCCAAAAGAGCUUUAUGAAGGCAAUAAUGUCUUGAGGGAUCUGCUAGUUUAAAGCUCCAGAGAGCAGAGAAUGUUUUGCAGUCUCUAGAAAAGAGCUCUAUUGUCUAUGUUUUCUUGAUUGUUGGUUAGUUGUACAAGAACUGCUGUGCUAGAUCUUAUUAGUUUCAUUAUAAUGCUACAUAAUGUGUGACUCCAUUCUGUGUUGUGAUUUUUUAAGCAUUCAAAUUAAUCCUUGAAACAAUAUUCAAUAUUGUCUUUUUUUUAUUACUGUUUUUGUGUUAUCUAGAAAUAGCCGUAAUAGUUCAUGUUCAUUUCAAAGGAUCAACGGAAAUUCAUUGUAUUAUAAAAUGAAAAUCUGUUCAAGAUGAUUAUUAGCAUGUGAGUUGUUGCUUUGUUCAUUUCACCCACAUCAUCAUCAUCUUUGGCUUUUUCGAAGUGUACACUGUAUGUAUAGAAAUGUAAUAAUACAAGAUCCAAAAGGUCAUAAUACAUGAAUGCUAAUCACAAUGUACAUGGCUAAUGGUUUGAUUUUAUCACUUGAUAUAACACUUUGUCAUGUGGUAGUUAAAGUGAUAGUAUUUAUUAUUAAAGAUUUCAUUUGUUUCUAGAAAUAGACGUGAAAAAUGUUUUGGAUUGAUUUCCACACACAUGAACGCACAUCCCUAGCGUCAAUGUGCGGAGGUGCGGGCCGCACCGUAUGACACCGACCUUAGUGACCCCACUUACGUACACAAUAAACAUUUAUGUUCAUAUACACAUUACUCCAAUUUGUAGAAAUACCGAAUUAGUUUGCUAUGAUUGGUUACAUUGGCAGGCUCUAUUCAAAGUACAAUUUUGAGCUGAGUUAGGGUUAGGAUGACCUGCAUAAUCCAACGUGAGCUCCUGGUACAAAAAAAACAACAACAUUUUUGAAUGUGUUAUCCACACAAAGUUACUGCCACCUAGUUGAACAUAGAUCACACUCGUAUAAUUGAAUGUAAAAACAAAACAAAAACAGAUCUAGAUACCAGAGACUGUACAGAUACAGUCACCUGAUGAGUCUGGCCAUGCUGCUUGCACUGAGACCAAUGGAUUGAUACAUGGCUCUUUUCACUUCAUGUUUAUUUAAUACGUACAGACAACAUGGCUCUUUUCACUUCAUGUUUAUUUAAUACGUACAGACAAUCACAUGAAUCACUUAUUGUAUGUGUCUAAGAAAUGUAUUUUAUGAUUGGCAUAAUGUCAUUAUUACAUUAGAUGCAUAAUCUCUAUUUAUCUCUAUGUCUUUAUAUGUCUGAUGUAAUCAUGAAAUCCAACAUGAAUUUUUUUUUAUAGUUUCAUACAUCGUGUUGGCUAUAUAUAUAUAUAUUUGAACAUUGUUUACAAUCUAUAUUUGAUUAUUUAUUAGCAUACUUUUGUCUAGUUCUGCAUUUUAUUUAAGAUUCAAGUUUUGGGUCUUUUUAACUACGUGUAUUUAGUUUAUAGAGUCUCUGCACACAAUAUUUAAUCCAGAACAACAGCCAAAAGUCGUAAUAAAACUAUCAGCAGGGAACAUUUCUUGGCUAGACCCACAUCUCUCUCCAGUUACACACUCCAAAAAACCAAUCUGGCCUUAAGUUAAAUUUUAUGGAAAUGUAAAACUACAAUCUUAAGUUUAAUUGUGUUAAUUUUAAUUCCUAAUCUAGACCUAGACAUUUAUUGUUUAGAAAAAUAAGAUCAAAAAAUAAUUCCCCCCCCCCCCCCGUCCCUCUUACAGAGCAAUAAUUCCUCUUCAAUUCAAUUAGAUUCGUCUUGUGCAGUGGUGUGUAAGAGAAAACAUGACAAAGUUUACAUAGGUCAUGGCUACCAGUACAUUAUCUCAACACACACACACACAUACAUCAGUCUUAGUUAAUGAGGACUACUUGACAUUAGAGGCAUUUCAUACUGUUGUUGUUGUUGUUGUUCCACCUCUGUUUACGUUUCUACGAAGAAAGAUCGACUAAUGAACACUUCAUUUCACUACAGUCUCUUUGAUGUUCCAUUUGGACUAGCAAACUUUCUUAGUGAAUAAAACGUCCAUAUUUGAAAAAGGAAUCGCCCAUCGAUUCCUAGUAGCCAACUUGUGCUAUGUUCUGCUCACCAUUCAGCUUUUUUAUUACAAAAAAAAAUAUCUUUAUACAGUUCCUAUCAAUCAGAUUUUAAAAAGGCAACUCUUAAGGCCAUGAAAGGAAACAAAAUUUCAUUUUCUACUUUACAAUUAACUAAUCUAAAUAUUUAGCUCCAAGAAAUUCUCGCAAUUAUCUUCUAGGGGAAAUUAGUCGAGAUUCUGACGUGCUUUCAACAACAACAACAACAACAAAAUAAAUAAAAAGCAAUAAAAAUAAAUAAAAAAAAAAGCCAGUCGUAAAUUAGCAAGGCUGGGGGGGGGGGGGGGGUAGUUCUAGUCUUUCAUUCUAAGCCUACUCUGUUCUUAAGGAAAUAGAUUAGAAAGCUCAAACAGAGUACAUACAUUUCGACUAAAUCUAUUUUCAUUUUGACAACCAAAAGGAUAUUAUAAGUUUGACUAGACCUUUCAUGUUAAGCUAACAGAGGUGAACCACAUUGCGAGUGAAUAGUUCCUGGCUCUAAGCGGAAAUGAAAGACCGCAUCACCUUACCUUCAAGAAAAUUGUGAAUUUUUGCUUUGCUAUAAAAAUGAUUGAUCCAAAAGGGAAAAGAAAAAGACUCCCAUUGUUUAUUAUAAAACGAAUUUCCUCCUGGAUAAUACGGAGUAUUACUAUUAUACUUUUAUUAGUCAAUACGGACCCUGUUAUUCUUCUUAUAAGAAAUACUUUAUUGUUUAUUGAUAAGGAUUUUUGGCCGGUAUUUAUUUUUGUUAACUUAUUGACUUAGAUCUACACCUAAUAUAUUAUCACUGAAUUUAACUUUUUUCAAUUUUGAUACGCAUUCAUUAUAGCGUAAAACAUUACAACUACUAAAGAAGGGUUCCGUGUUCGCUAAGGUCCACAAAGAUUAUCAAGUACAUACCUCGCUAUGAGCUAGACUAGAACUUAGUUCUGUUAAGUCUUGCUGCAGACCAGCCACUUGUUAGCUAUAAUCUCUACGCUGCAGUCCAGCCACUUGUUAGCUAUAAUCUCUACGCUGCAGUCCAGCCACUUGUUAGCUAUAAUCUCUACGCUGCAGUCCAGCCACUUGUUAGCUAUAAUCUCUACGCUGCAGUCCAGCCACUUGUUAGCUAUAAUCUCUACCCUGCAGUCCAGCCACUUGUUAGCUAUAAUCUCUACUCUACAGACCAGUUGCUUGUUAGCUAUAAUCUCUAUUCUGCAGACCAGCCACUUGUUACCUAUAAUCUCUACUCUACAGACCAGUUGCUUGUUAGCUAUAAUCUCUAUUCUGCAGACCAACCACUUGUUAGCUAUAAUCUCUUCUCUGCAGACCAACCACUUGUUAGCUAUAAUCUUUACUCUGCAGACCAACCACUUGUUAGCUAUAAUCUCUACUCUGCAGACCAACCACUUGUUAGCUAUAAUCUCUACUCUACAGACCAGUUGCUUAUUAGCUAUAAUCUCUACUCUGCAGACCAACCACUUAUUAGCUAUAAUAAACAAAGUCUAGACUUCAAUUCUAAUUGCCAAGGAAGAAACUCACUAAUUGAGCCGUUGAAUGACAUUAAUAAACAAAGCUAACUAUUUGUAACAUGCGAAGACAUAGGGGCGUCAAAACUUUGCUUAUUUGUAUGAUAAUGCGUAUUCUAUCUCCAGGCAACUCACUCAUGUUCAUAAUAGCGCCACCUUUCUAUAUUGCUAUUCUAAUUUGUACCAAAAAUGUAAAUAUACGCACCCUCACACGCUUUUGUAGACAUACACACUGACACACACACACAUUAAAGGCACAUCGAACACAUUUGUACUAAAUGAAUAUCUAAAAAUGAUUAGAUUUUUUUGUUGUUGUUGUUUGGUCUGCUCGAGUUGGCCAACACACUUGAAUAGAAUGUUACGGGUUCUAAAGAAGUGAUUUCAUUGCGUGCAACUGUGCGAUGUAACUUGCAUGUCUUCAUUCUCGGGGUACGUUUGUGUCUUUAGUUUCUUAGCCUAAGAAUACAUGGCGUCCUGACGUCAUUCUCUGUUUUUUCUCUUUUACAAUAGUUUUAUGUUAGGCCACUCCUAGUUGACCAAAGAGGAAAAAAAAGGUACAUUUUAAAAACAAUUUCUUGGCAAUGGCCUAGAUAAAGUUUCUCCCUUCCAGAAACAGGUUUUCAAUAAAAGCCAAAUGUGAUGGAAUUGCAUAGUGUUUGGACGGAGAGGAGACACCUCGCUCCUUUCCUCUUGUGAAAUACGAAACUAAAUGCUAGAUCCUAAGUUCAGAUUUUCGAAACGAAAGGAUGUAGAUAUUUGAAUUGUACAGUAGUAUAUAGGUCUAGCUUAUAAAAAAAAAUCUCAAGCAUUGCCACAGGGAAUCGUGGGUUUGUUUUUUUUUAUUUAUAAAACUAAAGAUUUUUUUGUUUGUUUGUUGUGGAUUCACAACUUAUCACCACCUCUAUAUUCUUAUUUCAAGUUGGUUCUUUAGUUUGAAACAUAUUUGCUUUUAAUUCAUGACCAUAUAUUUUACAGUUCUAAUGUGUCCAAAAAAUCUUUUGUCGUGUCCAUAAAUCUUUGGUUGUUGUAAGUCUAGGUCUGUGUUACUUUGUGCUCGAUUUAAACGUAGAGAAGAAAUUAUUGAAUAAACUGUCCACAUGCUACU